AUGAUUACAUAUAAAGAGUGGAAUGAGAUACUAAGACAUUGGAUUGGGAGAGGUGAGAAAAAGAUGAGUGAGGGCAAGAAGUAUCAGCUGGGGACGAUUGGGGCGCUGAGUCUUUCUGUGGUUUCGUCAGUUUCGAUCGUGAUCUGCAACAAGGCACUAAUCAGCACUCUUGGGUUCACGUUUGCUACUACUCUGACUAGCUGGCAUCUCCUAGUCACAUUUUGUUCUCUUCAUAUUGCUCUAUGGAUGAAAUGGUUUGAGCACAAGCCUUUUGAUCCUAGAGCCGUCAUGGGAUUCGGGAUUCUAAAUGGAACAUCAAUUGGGCUUCUAAACCUCAGCCUGGGUUUCAACUCUGUUGGCUUCUAUCAGAUGACAAAACUGGCGAUUAUCCCAUGCACUGUUCUUUUAGAGACCCUGUUCUUCCGAAAAAUAUUCAGUAGGAACGUCCAGGCAUCCCUCGGUGUGCUUCUCAUUGGUGUUGGAAUUGCAACUGUGACAGAUCUGCAACUCAAUGUCCUGGGUUCCGUUUUGUCUCUACUUGCAGUUGUUACGACUUGUAUUGCACAAAUCAUGACAAACACAAUCCAGAAAAAGUUCAAGGUUUCUUCAACACAGCUUCUGUACCAAUCAUGCCCCUAUCAGGCACUCACUCUGUUCCUAACUGGACCGUUUGUCGAUGGACUUCUCACAAACUUGAAUGUAUUCGCGUUCAAUUAUACCCCUAAAGUAUUGGCAUUUAUUGUCCUAUCAUGUUUGAUAUCAGUUUCGGUGAACUUCAGUACCUUUCUUGUAAUUGGAAAGACAUCGCCAGUCACUUAUCAGGUCUUAGGGCAUUUGAAAACGUGCCUUGUCUUGGCCUUCGGUUAUGUUCUUCUACGAGACCCCUUUAGCUGGCGGAACAUUCUAGGGAUUCUUAUCGCUAUAGUUGGCAUGGUAUUAUAUUCGUAUUAUUGCAAUAUGGAGAGCCAGCAAAAGGCCAAUGCAGAAGCAGCACAAUUAUCUCAGGCCAAGGAAAAUGAGUCCGAUCCUCUAUUAAAUGUUGAAAAUGGAGGUGCUAUUUUAGCCGACUCGAGCGUUGGAAGAGAUCCAGGGUGGAAAUCGAACAAGGAUCUGCAGGCGUAA